AUCGAAUAUUUUAUCUGGAGACAUGCAAAAGGGUAUUAAGCUUCAGACAAAGCACCUGGAGGCUUUGAUUGAAUUACACAAUAUCACCAGGUCCUUUGCAAGGAAUAUUCAACACUUAUUUUCUGGUUCUGACGUACAAGUUUUAAGGGAUGUGCUGAAAGCAGUGUACUUGCCAUAUGAAUCGUUUAAACAGAGGUAUGGACAGAUGGAUCGUGCCAUCCUUUCCUCUGAGAUUGCAGGAAUAAAUUUAAGAGGAGCUGUAAUUCGAGGGGUAGGAGCCCAAGGAGUUGAACUCAGUGAAACUGUUCGUAGGAUGGAGGAGUCUAUUCCUCAAGUUAUUAUACUUCUUGAAGCUUCUGCCGAGAGAUGCAUCAGUUUCACUGGAGGUUCUGAGGCAGAUGAGCUGAUUCUCGCCCUUGAUGAUAUAAUGUUACAAUACAUUUCCACUCUACAAGAAACUCUCAGGUCACUAAGAACUGUAUGUGGUGUGGAUUAUGGUGGCGGUGGUAUUGGAAAGAAAGACAUCGAGAAGAAAGAUGGAAGUCAAAAUGCUCAGAGAGUUGAUUUGGUCUCAAAUGAAGAGGAAUGGUCCAUGGUCCAAGGGGCACUGCAGAUCCUUACAAUUGCAGAUAGUUUGACAAGCAGUUCCUCUGUCUUCGAAGCAUCUUUAAGAGCUACUCUUGCUAGAUUAAGCACAACUUUAUCUUUUUCAGCAUUGGGUUCAAGUUUAGAUCAAAACCAGACUAUAAAUGGUAAUGAAGACGGAGAGCCAUCUUUUGGUGGGAGGGCUGCCUUGGACAUGGCAACACUGCGGCUGGUUGACGUGCCCGAGAAAGCUAGGAAACUCUGCAGUGCUGACAGAUCACAUGGAGAAGCUGCUAUGAAUGUUUAG